GACAGAACUGUAUCCACGGCCAAACCAUCAACAACAUUCAAUUAUUCAAUUUUAUUUUUGUGGUACCACCAGUCAGAUAGUUUACUCCAAGUGAGUCAAUGUUCCGACGUAUUGAGAUUGAUCUUCUAUAGUUAUUUAAUUUGUUGAAGAAUAUCACCAAUUUUUCAAGGACAUAGUGUAGGCAAUUUCGUAUUUUCUCAGUGAAACAAUUGUGAUUAAUAAAAGAUCGUGGAACUUGAUACCAGUGUUAUCAACAAGAUGAGUAUUCAUGGGAUGCGACGCUUCGUUAGAGGAUUGCUACUCCUCGCAUUCAUUGGUGGAAGUAAUGCCGCUCUUGCUAAAGUAGCUUUCGAGAAAUUGACAGAUUACGACUAUCGCGGAACAACUUAUUACAGUGUGAGAAAUCUCUCUCUGUACGAGUGUCAAGGUUGGUGCAGAGAAGACGCCGAAUGUCAAGCAGCGGCAUUUUCAUUCGUUGUAAAUCCGUUAGCCCCGGUACAAGAUACAUUGUGUCAAUUACAAAAUGAAACAUCGUCAACUAAUCCCUCUGCUUCCCCCCAAAGAGCAGCCAAUAUGUACUACAUGACAAAAUUGCAGAUACGAUCUGAUGUUUGUUUACGGCCGUGGUCGUUUGAGCGUAUUCCCAAUAAAAUGAUUAGAGGCCUUGACAAUGCCCUCAUCUACACCUCCACAAAGGAAGCUUGUCUUGCUGCAUGUCUAAAUGAGCAUAGAUUCACUUGCCGAUCACUCGAGUACAAUUAUGUAACUCUUCAGUGCCACUUGAGUGAUUCUGAUAGGAGAACUACAGGAUUGUUUGUGCAAUUUGUUGAUGCUCAGGGAGUUGACUAUUUUGAAAAUUUAUGUCUGAAAGGCAAAGAUGCAUGCAAGGCACAGAGAACCUUUUUGAGUCCACGAAUUGGAGUAGCAGAUGACAAAAUUGCACAGUAUGCGGGUCUCCACUAUUACACAGAUAAAGAAUUAUCCGUGCAGAACGAAGCAUCAUGCAGAUCCGCUUGCGAAUUAGAAAACGAAUUCCUUUGUAGAUCUUAUCUAUAUCGUGGUUUGCCAGUGGGAACAGCUUAUAACUGCCAGCUUUUUCAUCUGGAUCACUGGACUCUGCCAGAUGGUCCCUCAACGUAUUUGAAUGCCGAGAGACCGCUCAUCGAUAAUGGCGAUAGAAUUGGCAAUUAUUAUGAGAAUUUUUGCGAAAAACCAGCCGAGCUACCCUUCAUUAUUGAAACUACUGAAGAUCCAACACUCAAUAAUUUUACUAAAAGUACAGAUGUCAACUGCGAUAAAACUGGAACUUGUUAUGAUGUCAGUGUCGACUGCAAAGAUACACGUAUCGCUGUUCAAGUACGGACAAAUAAACCAUUCAAUGGUCGCAUCUACGCCUUGGGACGGUCUGAGACUUGUAAUAUCGAUGUCAGCAAUAGUGAUCUCUUUCGACUCGAUUUGACAAUGAGUGGACAGGACUGUAAUACUCAGAGUGUUACGGGAGUUUAUUCGAAUACAGUAGUAUUGCAACAUCACUCUGUUGUGAUGACCAAGGCUGAUAAAAUAUACAAAGUAAAGUGUACCUACGACAUGUCCUCCAAAAAUAUUACAUUUGGAAUGAUGCCCAUUAGGGAUCCGGAUAUGAUUAGUAUCACUAGUGCUCCAGAGGCGCCACCACCAAGAAUUCGCAUUCUCGAUAAUCGAGCACGUGAAGUUGAGACUGUGAGAAUUGGAGAUAAACUCACUUUCCGUAUUGAAAUUCCGGAAGACACUCCUUAUGGCAUUUUUGCUCGUAGUUGCGUGGCAAUGGCUAAAGACUCGAAAAGCACGUUUCAAAUAAUUGACGAUGAAGGGUGCCCGGUGGAUCCUUCAAUUUUCCCGAGUUUUACGCCUGACGGCAAUGCGCUACAAUCUGUUUACGAGGCUUUCAGGUUCACUGAAUCUUAUGGUGUUAUAUUUCAGUGCAACGUCAAGUACUGUCUCGGCCCCUGUGAGCCGGCUGUUUGUGAAUGGGGUCGAGAAGCUACUGAGUCUUGGGGAAAAAGGAAACGACGAAGUAUUUCGAAUGGAACUGAGGAGAAAUCGGAGGAUAUGACACUGUCUCAAGAAAUACUUGUAUUAGAUUUUGGAGAUGAAAAACAAUCGGAAUUCCUAAGGAGCGAUGCCAGUAUUGAUUUCAAUGAAGCCGAAAAAACUGUGACCAUCGUAGAACCCUGUCCAUCGAAGACAUCAAUACUUACUCUUGGUAUCACCUGUACCCUCCUGGUUCUCCUCUAUGUUUCAACGAUCUUCUGUUAUUUUAUGAAGAAAUGGCUGUCCCCUAAUAAAAUGACACCUUGAAGACGUCAUUCUUCACUCCAAUUAAGACACAAAGCAUACACGAAUACACGGAUAAUACGAAUAAGAAUAAAAUAAAAGUGUUGGAAGGAACAGCAAAGGGAGGUUUGAAACGGACAUCGUACUAGUGAUUAUGAAAAAACUAGUUAUGCAAGUUUAAAAAAUAGUAGAAUCAUCAACUCCGAUUCAUUUAAGUGCAUCAUACAUUAUAUUUAACUGAUUUUUCAUUUUUUCAAGUUGCUACUUUUGAUUGGGUUGCAAUGAGCAGUCGGGCAAUAGAACUGAAUCAUCAUUCCAUUAAUGUAAAAAUGGAUAACGCUUUAUCGGACAUGUGUGAAAUUAAAUCUUUGCCCCGAUGAUAGGAAAAGAGGAUAGAAGUAAUAGCAAAUUGUAACCUGCGUCAAGAUUAGCAAUAUUUGGAGGUUAACGCUUGACUAACGUGUCGUUAAUUAAUACAAUUUCCUCAUCCCAUUCCCCCCUUUUCAAUAUCAACGUUUCAUGUUUAUUUUAAGAUAUAUAAUAAUUAAAUUUACAAUGCAAUUCAUAAAUAAGCCACAAAGUGGCAUCCAUUUCUCGGAUUGCAAUUGAGAUAAUUCCUAAUGACGUCGUCCCAUGCUCAUCAUAAUAACAAUGAUAAUAAAUUUUAAUAAAUCAAGCAGAAAAAAAUGUUCAUCAAUAAUUUUUUCAAGAAAAAUAAUAUUAUUUCACUUAUGUGAUUGAGCAUCGCACGAGUAUUAGAAAUAUCAAUGCAAUGAUUCCUUUGCAAAAAGCUUGCCUGUAGUGGCACGUGUUUUCUCAUUGCUCUGUAAAAGAAUAAAAAAGGAAAGGUGUUUCUUUUAUUUGACUUAAUACCGUAUUUUAUG